CCGGGCGCUCCCCGGCGCGGGCUGCAGCUCCCGGCGCGGCCGCACUCAGCGCGCAGCAGCCGGAGUCGAGGUCGCGCUGGCCUGGCUGAAAUGGAAUCAGGUCCUGAUCCUUCUUCAAGCCCUUCUCACCAGCAGCCGCAGCAUGGAAGGUCCCAGCUAAAUGCAGCUGCUUCUGUGGACCGUAACGAGAGUAGUAGGAUACGUGGGGCACCUUCAGGAGAUUCGAUGUCAACCUUUUCCCCUUCAACUUCCAGCUAUUCCAACAGCAGAGAGAGAGUGGAAAGAGGUGAGGCCAGGAAGGAGGAACCUGAAGUACUCUUUGAAGAACUGCUUGAAAGAGCCAAAGCUGGAGAACCAAAAGCACAGACUGAGGUGGGAAAACACUUCUUGAAGUUAGCAGAAGAACAGGAUGAAGAACUCAAUAACUGUAGUGCUGUUGAUUGGCUGAUUCUUGCUGCUAAGCAAGGUCGAAGGGAAGCUGUUAAACUGUUGCGUAGAUGCCUAGCAGAUCGAAGAGGCAUCACUUCUGAGAAUGAGCAAGAAGUCAAAAAAUUAUCAUCUGAGACUGAUUUGGAGAGAGCGGUGAGAAAAGCUGCUUUAGUCAUGUAUUGGAAAUUAAAUCCAAAGAAGAAGAAGCAGUUAGCAGUUUCUGAACUACUCGAGAAUGUUGGGCAAGUUGACGGUGAAGGUGGUGAAAAACAACCUGGCCCAGUCCCCAAAUCUGUACAGAAGCAAAGGAGAAUGCUGGAGCGAUUAGUAAGCAGUGAAUCUAAGAAGUAUAUAGCUUUGGAUGAUUUUGUCGAAAUAACCAAGAAAUAUGCAAAGGGGAUCAUCCCUUCCAACCUGAUUAUGCAGGAUGAAGAUGAUGAUGAUGAUGAAUUGGCUGGCAAGAGUCCUGAGGAACUACCGCUGCGACUAAAGGUUGUAAAAUAUCCACUUCAUGCCAUUAUGGAAAUGAAAGAGCACCUCAUAGAUAUUGCAUCUAAAGCAGGAAUGCAUUGGCUGUCUACUAUUAUUCCCACACACCACAUAAAUGCUCUCAUCUUUUUCUUUAUUAUCAGUAAUUUAACAAUUGAUUUUUUUGCCUUCAUUAUUCCAUUAGUCAUCUUCUAUCUGUCCUUUAUUUCCAUGGUGAUUUGCACACUGAAAGUUUUUCAAGACAGUAAGGCCUGGGAAAACUUCCGCACUCUAACUGACUUAUUACUUCGUUUUGAGCCAAACCUAGAUGUUGAGCAAGCUGAAGUGAACUUUGGGUGGAAUCACUUAGAGCCGUACAUUUACUUUCUGCUUUCAGUAUUCUUUGUCAUUUUUUCCUUCCCUAUAGCAAGCAGAGACUGCAUACCGUGUUCAGAGUUGGCAACCAUCUCUCUUUUCUUCACGGUAACAAGUUACUUGAGUUUAAGCACGUGUGCAGAACCUUACACACGAAGAGCAUUAAUGACUGAGUUAGCAGCUGGCUCCCUGUCACUCUUGCAGAUACUGCCUGUAAACUUGGGCUACCUGAAAUUCUUAGGUAAAACCUUCUUUACUGUUCCUGUAGGCCACUUCCUUGUUCUAAAUGUGAGCAUACCAUGCCUUCUGUUUUUGUACUUGUUCUACCUUUUCUUUAGAAUGGCACAACUGCGGAAUUUUAAAGGUACCUACUGUUACCUGGUUCCAUAUCUAGUGUGUUUUAUGUGGUGCGAACUCUCUGUGGUUAUUCUGCGAGAGUCCUCUGGCAUUGGUCUCAUUCGUGCAUCAGUUGGAUACUUUCUGUUUCUUUUUGCACUCCCAGUUCUACUAGUAGGCAUUGCACUAAUGUUUCUUGUCCAUUUCAUAAAGUGGUUCGUAUCUCUGGAGCUCAUGAAGAUUGUGGUGACUCUUGUGUUGUGUAGUAUUCCUUUGAUUUUCCGAUGGUGGACAAAAACUAACUACUUCAUAAUUGACUUGCUUAAAUCUCUAACCCGGAGCUCAAUUGUAAAACUCAUUUUGGUGUGGAUCACCGCUGUUGUGUUGUUCUGUUGGUUUUAUGUGUACCGAUCAGAGGGAAUGAAGGUUUACAACUCUACACUGACUUGGAAUCAGUAUGCCUUCCUCUGUGGACCCCGGGGAUGGAAGGAGACUAACAUGGCACGCACCCAGAUUUUAUGUAGCCAUCUAGAAGGACACAGAGUGACAUGGACUGGUCGGUUCAAAUAUGUCAGGGUUACAGAAAUUGACAAUAGUGCAGAAUCUGCAAUAAACAUGCUUCCAAUGUUUAUUGGUGACUGGAUGAGAUGUUUAUAUGGUGAAACUUAUCCUGUGUGUGACCCAAAAAAUAUCACUAUGGAGGAAGAGGAACUGUGUCGUCUCAAGUAUCUCACUAAACAUAACUGCCACAUGAAAAAGUUUGAUCGAUAUAAAUUUGAAAUAACAGUGGGCGUGCCUUUAAACAGCAUAAAUGGAACUAAACUUAUAGAGGAAGAUGAUAUAACCAAAGAUAUUGUGCUAAAGGCGAGCAGUGAGUUUAAGAAAGUGUUGCUGAACUUGAGGCAAGGAAGUACAAUUGAAUUCAGCACAAUUCUAGAAGGUCGUCUUGGUAGCAAGUGGCCUGUCUUUGAACUGAAAGCAAUCACUUGCUUAAAUUGUAUGUCAAAACUUACACCUGCAGGAAAGCAUGUGAAAAUAGAGCAUGACUGGAGAAGCACAGUUCAAAAAGCCAUUAAAUUUGCUUUUGAUUUUUUCUUCUUUCCAUUCCUGUCAGCUGCAUAAUAAGUUAUUUACUGGUUCAGUGGUAUCUGCAGUGUAUAAUUCAUUUACACUAGCAAAGACUUGGCUGCUUCAAAAAGGAAAAAAAAAAAUAACUGCUGUAGCAAUGUUUAAAAAUAUAUGCUAAUCUGAAGUACUGGCUGAGUUUUUUGUAAGUAUAUAUUCUGUACCUGACCUGUGUAUCUUGGGACUGAGGUGAUAAAUAGUAUUACUAUAAAUUAAUGCAGAGAAUUGCUGCAGAUUAUUUGCAUGAAUAGUCUUUUAUCCAAAAUGGAGCCGCCUUUUCCUGUGGUACAAAUACUAAGGUGUAUUCAUCUGCUUGAUAUUUAAAAGCACUUUAUUCUUGAAAUAUUCACAAUAUUUAUGUACUUUAACAUGUAUAAUUUAGAAUAGGUAUCUUGUAGACAACACAAGAUGUGAUGUCUCUUGUAUUUAUGUAGUGGUUUCUAGAGACAGGUUUACUGUCCCGUCAGGUGAAAUCUGAUGUUGUGAUGUGUGUCUACAGAAGAAAGCUGCUUCGUUACGUGUCAAAAAGAUUAUAUGAUAUUAAUUCUUCUUUGGGAGGUGGAUGCCAUUUUACAUACUGGCAAGGCUGCUUCAAGAACUCAGAGUUUCCAUUUUGGGUUUUACUGAGUAUUCUUUAUAAAACAAACAUGAUAUCCAUCCUAAUCUUGAUAUCUGCAUAUAUGGCACUAUAAAUUAUAUUCUAUCAUCGUGUAUGAAUCACAGGCACCAAACAGUAAGAUGAGUAAUAUGAUGGUACUGGUGAAUAGGUAAGCUAAUGCAAUUGAAAAACACUGUAUCUACAAUGAAGACAGAAAUGAAAUAACUGGUUAAUAAUCUGUACUGUGCAAAUAAAUGUUGUUAGAAAUUUGAAUUAAAAUGGGAUUUUGCACUCA